AGGGGGCGGGAGGGGGUUUGUUUUUGGGGGGUCAAACCUCAGCUCGUUUCCCGAAGCUGAGCAGCGAUGCCCAUCAGGCGCUUCGGGGGUCACAGGUCCCUGGUUCCGUACUCCCAGACCUCCAAGCUGUCGUACGGCUACUCAAAAAUGAACAUGUCGAGGAGCGGCUAUCGCGUUUUUUCUGCCAACUCCUCCACUGGCUGCACCGAGCUGGCAAACAAGAUCACCGAGCGCCUGGGCGUGGAGCUGGGCAGGUCAGCAGUUUACCAAGAAUCGAACUCGGAGACCAGAGUAGAGGUGAAGGAAUCUGUCCGAGGACAAGACAUCUUUAUUAUUCAGACCAUUCCAAGGGAUGUCAACACGGCCGUCAUGGAGCUGCUGGUGAUGGCUUACGCUCUGAAGACGUCUUGUGCCAAGAACAUCAUCGGGGUCAUUCCCUACUUUCCCUACAGCAAGCAGUGCAAGAUGAGGAAGAGAGGAUCCAUCGUCUGCAAGCUGCUCGCUUCCAUGCUGGCCAAAGCUGGGCUUACUCAUAUCAUCACUAUGGACCUUCACCAGAAGGAAAUCCAGGGAUUCUUUAACUUCCCCAUUGACAACCUCAGAGCUUCCCCUUUUCUCAUCCAGUACAUCCAAGAAGAGAUCCCAGACUACAGGAAUGCUGUCAUUGUUGCAAAGUCUCCUGCUGCUGCUAAAAGGGCCCAGUCUUAUGCUGAGAGGCUGCGACUUGGCCUGGCCGUGAUGCACGGAGAGGCGCAGCAUUCAGAGUCGGACAUGGCAGACGGACGACAUUCCCCCCCGCUGUCCCGGACCACAGCAGGACACACCGGCCUGGAGCUGCCAUUGAUGAUGCCGAAGGAGAAGCCUCCCAUCAGUGUCGUCGGAGAUGUAGGAGGGAGAAUCGCCAUCAUCGUAGAUGACAUCAUCGAUGAUGUCGAGGACUUUGUUGCUGCAGCGGAGAGCCUAAAGGAGAGGGGAGCCUACAAGAUCUACAUCAUGGCUACACACGGACUGCUGUCUGCAGAAGCACCCAGGCUUAUAGAGGAGUCUGCUAUAGAUGAGGUGGUGGUGACCAACACCGUCCCUCAUGAGGUGCAGAAGCUGCAGUGCCCGAAGAUCAAAACCGUGGAUGUGAGUCUGAUCCUGGCUGAGGCCAUCCGCCGCAUCCACAACGGAGAGUCCAUGUCCUACCUGUUCCGGAACAUCACCGUGGACGACUGAGGCCACACACGGGGACGCUUACGUUCCAGGACACUUCCACACACACACAGCCUGAGGGCAGAUCUCUGCAUCAAUCUGUUCUUCCUGUCUGGGUUGAUGAUAAAUCUGUCAGCUUUAUUUACCGAACGUCAACGUGAAUCGAGUACAAUAAACUUCAUGCACAUCACUACAGGGCCCUCACUACUGUUUGUCUUUCUGUACUCUGCCGGUCAAAGCAAAUAAAGCUGUUACUCUUUUAUAA